AUGACAUCCAGAACAGGCAAGGCCAGAGUCAUUCUGGGAACAAUGACGUUCGGUCCCGACCCUUCAACUGGCGCUCGCGUCACCUCUCUCGACACCUACAACUCGGUGCUGGAUUGUUUUCAAUCGCAAGGCUACAGUGAAAUUGAUACGGCCCGCUGCUAUGUGGGUGGCCAGCAGGAGGCUUUUACCCGCGCUGCCAAUUGGAAAGCGCGCGGUCUCACGUGCGCAACCAAAUGGUAUCCGUAUGGCGCCAACGACGAAGACAAGGUCGGUGCCCACAAGGCCGAGAGACUCGAACAAAUGUUCAACAAGUCGCUCGAGGAGCUAGGCACUGACUACGUUGAUAUCUUUUACCUGCAUGCCGCCGAUAGAACGGUCCCCUUUCAAGAACCCUUGCGCAAGAUGGAUGAGCUUCAUAAGAAGGGCAGGUUUGGCAAGCUCGGUAUCUCCAACUUCACAUCCUACGAGCUGGCGGAGGUGGUCAUGAUCUGCAAAGCUAAUAGCUGGGUCCAACCUACGGUCUUUCAAUGUGUCUACAAUGCCAUCACCCGUAGUAUUGAUCCCGAGCUCGUUGCGGCUUGUCGGCGCUAUGGUUUAGAUAUUGUUGUUUACAACCCCAUUGCAGGUGGGCUUCUUUCCGGAAAGUAUACGUCGCUUCAAGUCGAUGCUAUCCCAAGCGAAGGCCGAUAUUCGAAUGUUGACGGGGAGGUGGGAGACGUCUACCGCAAGCGCUAUUUCAAGAACGAGCUCUUUGAAGCCUUACGUAUUAUUGAAUCCGCCGCUCAGCGCUCUGGGUUGACCCUGUUGGAAAUAGCUUUUCGUUGGCUGAUCCAUCAUUCGGCUCUCAACAUUAAGGACGGGGGAAAUGACGGCAUCGUUAUUGGUGUUUCAAGUCAAGCACAACUUGAACAGAAUCUCCAGCACCUCGAGAAAGGCCCCUUGCCGGAUGAUGUUUUGGAGGCGCUGGAUGUGGCUGCGAAAGUAUCGAAAGCGACCGCCCAGAACUAUUGGCACGGGGAGUUGGAGUACACAUAUAAUCCGGAGGAGGCAUUGAGAACCAUAGUUUAA